AUGUUAACUUACUCCUAUAAUCAUGAAACAUCAAAUAAUCACGAAGAAUUAUCGCUUGCUAAUGUAAGUAUUAUGUUAAUAUUUACAGCAACAAUUGAUUCUCUAAGCAUUAUCAAAUAUGCCAAUAUAAUUUUAACAAAAGGAGAAAUCUCUUUAAAUGGAGAACACAAAACUAAAAAAUGAAAAUACAGAACUUUAAUCAUAGCUAAAUAAAUUAGAAAAUAAACAUUAGGAAUUAAUAAAUGAAGUAAAGAAAUUUUAAUAAUUUUAGAUUUAAGAUCUUAGAUAGUUAGUGAAAAGAGUAUAUUAAGAAGGUGAGAUAUAGAUUUAAUAUUAAAAGUAAAAGAAUGUAAUAUUAUAUAUUAUCAUAAGCAACAAUUAGAAUAUAAAAAUGAAAGUCUAACGAAGGCUUUGAUCAAUUUGUAAAAUAAUUUAGAAACUUUUGCUUAAUUGAAAGAUUUAUCCAGUUUGCUAGAUGAUAGUGAGAUUUAAGAGAAAAAAGUAAAGGAAAAUGAUUCUAUUUAAUGA